CCGAACAUCGACAUCGCCCAAGAUCAUGAAUUGUGGGCUGGGAUCGGAAUCAGUUGGUCUUCAACAAGUGACCAUAGCAAGCAGAUCAGCGAAGUCAGCGAGACCCAUGUUGAUAUUUCCCGAACUCAGAGCUGUUUGAGUAUGAUCUUGCGGCCGCAGUUGUUGCGUGCGACACCUUUGCAUGUGGCCUUAAGUGGCUGGUGCAAGCAUUGGCAAAUUGAGACUGAGGGGUGUGAAGUGUUCAAACUCAGUCGACCGGUCACGGCCAUAGAUGUAUUCUUGAGCCAUGAUUGGAAGACGUCCCGGUGGAUGAAGCUGCUGCUGUGAGCUCGUUGAUCGUGAGCGUGGCACUUGGCUUCGCAAAGGUCUAUUUGGGCGAUCCGGAAGCGCUGGCGUUUCCCCUGAACUUGUGGCUUUUCUGCGGAUAUGUGGUAUUUCUGGUCCAGUUCUGCUUUUGGCAGCGCAUUCGGAGUUGCUUGUUGCACCCUGCAUGGUUUUUCUGACGCAGCCAGACUUGAAACAAGAAGGAAUCGCCGGCCUUGGAGCCUUUGUGAAAUCCUCUGACAAACUCGUGGUCCUAUGGUCUAGUCGGUAUUUCACUCGUUUGCACUUCUUGAUGUUGUCCUACUACUUGGCUCUUGAAUUUUCCGGCGAGAAAGUCGAACAGAGAAACCCUUUGAGUUUCAGCCCUUGGAGGUUCAUUGGCAUCUCAGCUGGAAUUGUGAGCCUCUCAAUGAUGCUGCUUCCGAUUGUGAACUAUUUCGGGAUGAGCCUGUUGGAUGACAUCGAACAGCUGCCCACGCGAGUUCAAAAUUUUCGGAUGGAGGAAUCUCAAUGCACCUGCUGCAGCAACAAUCACAAAGAUCCGCAAACGGGCCUGAAAGUGAUGUGUGACCGAGAAUUGGUGUAUCAGUCCCUCAAAGAUAUCUAUCAUGGCGGAGAAGGUGAAGGAGGUGAAGAACUUGAACAGUUCAACCAACUGGUUCGGAAGACUUUGGGACCAAAGGUUUUGUGGCGAGCUGGAGCACGUGCAACCUUCCUACCCUUGCGCUACGUGACGUGCAUCGUGAUGGUCAGCAACUUACCCUUGCUGUCUGACCUCAUUUGGCAUAUCAGCCAAGGUCCUGAAACACCGCUGGUUGGUAUGGAAUUGUUUAUUUGGUGCAUGCAUUUGAUCUUGCAGUGGCUGCAGCCUUUGUCAGCCAUGUUGUUUUCCAUGGAAUUUUCAAUCCAGGGUCUGGGAGCUGGCUGUAUCUUUUGCUUGGCCUUCUGCUGAACCUGAUGAAAAACGAGUCAGGCCGUCAGGCCAUCGUUGGGGGCGACAGAGCAACUCACCGACCAAACUCUGAAAAUGGAUGUUAGUCACCUGCCAAAAGCCGGUUGACUUGUACAGAUGAUUUUUUUGAAUCUGUUUUUGAAGUAUUCUUCAGGAGGUUUCACUGGUCACAAUCAUGCUCUGAGCAAGGCAGUAGACUCAGUCUGACUGUCGAUACCAAGUUUCACAUUGAUGUUCAAGCCCAGCUCCUACAAAA